AUGCAGACCAGGGUUGAACCGUCCAAUGCUUUGACAAAAUUUCAAUCUGAAAAAGAUAAAAUUGAGAAGGAAUUAAGACGUGAUAAGUGGUUGCUUUUCCCUCAGAAAGACAUUGGAGAGCUUCUUGCAUCAUCUCAGAUUGGGCAAUGCAGAAUCAUUAGCACAAUCUAUGCAAUUGAUAAGGAUUGGGGAUGGUACUUUUUCGGAUGCAAUGCUUGCCUGGGAAAAAAGGUUCUUCCGUUUUCAACUUCAGUGAAAACAGUCAACGGAAAAGAGACUAAAUCUCAUGUUUGGUGGUGUGAAGGUUGCAACCAUAAAGUUACAGAUGUCUCCCCAAAGUUCAAGAUUCAUGUGAAGGUUAAGGAUGGUACUGGAGAAGCUACCCUCAUGUUAUUGGACUGGACUGCACAAGGAAUUGUGCCUGAGACUGCUCUCAACCUUCUCGAUGGUUCAUUUGAUGAGCUAGAAGAUAUUGAUUCAUUUCCUGAAGCUAUUACUUCUUUGGUUGGUAAAACUUUCAUGUUUGGAGUUUUCAUUGAGAAAGACAAUCAUACAAGCAAAAGUGGGAGUUUUAAGGUUAGUAAAGUAUGGAGUGAACUAAGUAUGCUAUUGACUGGUGGUGUCACAGAAUCGGGUACUCCAUCUGAAACUGAAACUACAAAUUAUAGUGGUGAACAGGGUUCAUUUCUACUGAUGGGAAGUGAAGUCAACGAGGACUCUGUAACAACGCCAUCAUCUAAACGCAAUGAAAUUGCCAUAACCAACGACCCAACUGAACUCACUUCGUCAUCAAAGAAACAUUGCACCAGAGUGUUUGUGAAAAAAGAAAAAGGUCUCAAGCAGCAGUGA